UUGCUGAACUCCAGAGUGUGAUACAAAGCAUGAGAGAAGAUGGACAAAGCUCGAAAUCGGAGUAUGAUCGAAGACUAUCUGACACUGUACAGAAAUAUAAUGAAGAGAAAGAGAUGUUGAAAAAACAACAUAGCAGUUUUCUUAAGGGACUUCAGCAAGACUGCGAUACCCAAAAAGGCAAAGCUAGAAAACUGGAAAAGAAACUACAGAAUCAAGAAUUUGAUUAUCAAGAAAAGAUAAAUCAUUUAAGGCAGGAUUAUGAAGAUAAAAUCAGGGGAUUAAUGCCGGCUCAGAUAAGAGAGGAAUUGGAAGACACCAUUUCAUCAUUGAAAUCCCAAGUAAAUUCCUUACAGCAACGCGCCAUGGUCUUGCAGGAAGAGUUAGAUACUAAAAAUAAAUAUUCUAUGGGGUUUGGAUCCCCUAGCAGGAUGUAAAAAAGAAAGCAGCCCACCUAGUAUACCUCAUAUAGAUAACAUGAUGCAGCUUUAAAAUGUAUAGUAACUUGUAUCUAGUAACUUUAACUUGAUGUGAACUUCAAAUCAACAUCUCCCCAUUAUCUAUUUAAGAAGAAAUGAAUUAUUUUGAUUUUUGUUUCAGUGACAGUAAAAUGAUAUAAUUUAUUAGGUCAACUUGUCCUCUCCACCCACCCCCCCGCUCCCCUAGAAAUUAUUUUAUUGUUUGUUUAAAUUAUUUUGCAAUUGUAUAAAAGAUUGAUCUGUAUAUUAAGCCGUCCCACAUUGUAGCCGUCCCACAUCAAAAAAAAUUAUUCAAUAGUUGAAAUCUAAAUUUUUGUUUUAUUGGAGUUUAAUUUUGUAUUAAUAUAUUCUUUUCCGGAGCUGUAUUGUAUUGUUUGAAAAAUCCAAGGAUGGUACAAAAUUUUAUUUAAAUAUUGUCUUUUUUAAUUUUAACCAAAGACUUUUAGAUACAUGGUUGUCCUUCUAAAAUUUAUUCGCAUUCAAUUGUCUCAGUGAUGACGUCACCAACGCUUUUCAUUGACAUCACCAAGCUGCACAGUGACAUCACAAACUUGCUCAGUGAUGACAUCACCAACUUGCGCAGUGACAUCACCACAUUGCGCCAAAAUAGUCAUUAUCAUUUUUUUUUAUGUGACAUUGUCAUAACAAAACAUAACAAAACAAUAUUUUAUUUGAUAUUCUUGGAGAAAAUAGCAAAGUUGCAUUUGCUUAGAAGAAAUACUGUAAAGUACUUUAUUUUCGCUUGGAAUUAUUUUCCGCUAUUUUUGCUGAAGGAAUGAUUCAGUGAAAAUAAAAUCCAGCGAAUAUACCUUUUUUUCUAUAUUUUACAUUCAACUUCCGUA